GAGGCCGGUAUACGUGCGUUUUAUUUCGUGCGACACAACUUCGAACACGAUACUGAUUGCUGGUCUAUUUCUAAUCCAAAAUCUAAUUUCAUAAACUAUCCAUUCCUCGUUCAUGAUAACGAAUACUCAAACGGUAAAGUCAGUAGAGUAUAAAUAAAGAAGCUAGCGCCACACGUAUGGUCGUUUUCGUGAACUGCUAACAGUCUCUGCAUCUCGAUAGAUAAAAGAAUUCUUAGAGAUAAUAAUUAGAGAUAUGACAUAGAAAUAAUAUAUAAAACAUCGAUAAAUAUAAAAUGGGUAUAAUAUAAAAAUAAUGUAUAACAUAGAGAUAUAAUUAGAAAUAUAAUCGGAGAUAAGAGAAUUGAAAGUGAACGUUGAACAGAUCAAUGACUGUAUUUCUAAAAAAACACUUGACCAUCGUGGAGUCGAUUCGUUUUCAAAAAUGUCGGAGAUAAAACACGCCUAAUUUGGCGAGUGUCGAAUCCAAAAUUCAGAGUAACACGUUCGAGAUCAUAUGGAUCCAGGAGGAAGCUACGAAAUGCCAUUCAAAUUAUAAGGAAAAAUUCACGUGAAAUUCGAAAUUAAAUGGUCCGCGCGAGAAUAGAUCGAAAGGACGAUGUUUACGGGUUUCGAGAUUUCUACAUGACCGUGCGACAUGAAAACCUUCGCUGAGAACCCGUUCUUCUUUUUCGUGGACAACGUGCCACCGAUUUUCUCAGCUGACGCCUCCGAGGACUCUAGGAAGAUCGUCGAGCUUCUGGACACGGGCUGCGAUGCCAGGGUGCCAGCACAUUCGCAUUACCCUGAUCGGCAUUAUCGCGCAAAAAUGCCUAAACUAAGGGGAAACGACACUUGGAGGCUGCAUUCUGAGGAACAGUCUAGAAUUAGGUCCCCUAGAGAAGCGUUUCGUGGUCAAGGCGAGAGGACCGCGAUGGAUCCUGGAAAAUUGCACUCUGUUGUUCGGGAAGAUGAAAACGGUCAUCAGCACUGUUGGAAGCACUAUCCCACGUAUAACGAAUACGACGACCCUCCCUUCAGAAAAAACCCUGAAAGAAGCGACAUCAGGACGAAUUGGAGGACGUCACCCGAUAGGACUAGUCCACGUCACUGGAAUCACGACAAUUUCUACAACAUUCAGCCAAACGCCAUGAGAGACGACUCUGUCUUUCAAACACGCCCGAGACCCAAAACUGGCGAUCCUCGGUCCCAGUUUGUUCGAUCCAAUCACUCCAAAAUCGACUCCAAGAUCUACGAUCAAGGAGUAGUCCCUGACAGAGAGAGAAUAGGACCCAUGAGACCUGAAUAUCAGGAUGUCCACGAGUCUGAACGACCAGACCACUGGCAGAGACGAAGCACGUUCGUCUACGAUGCUAAUCCUUCUCACGAGGAGAUCUCGAGGACGCCAGGACACGGAUGCAACCCUACGAACUCGAGGAUCUCAAGUUCGCAGAGAUCGAACGCCACCAAGCGAUGGGAAGAGGCACACGACGCUAGAUCUCGAUCCAGGACCUGUUCACCGCCCCAGGAUCGACGGAACAGGGCUCGAUCCUUUUCGAAAUCGCAAGCUCGAGAUCCCGAGGACCCAUCAAGCAAGCCUGACUCUCGUCUCCGCGAGACCUCGAAUUCUCAAACUCCUGCGAACCUGAAGCGAUUCGUGGAUCGCGCAGUGGACAGAGACAGUCUGUCCGAGAUUCUGAACUCUGUCAUCUCCUUCGAGGAUCUUCCCCGGAAAACGCCGAAGGAGGAUCGAAGUAAGCUGGCAAACGGGUUCUGGGAGUUCAUCCCCAUGGACGAUCAGAACAACGGGAGCGUUCCUAAGGGUCUGAAGAUUCCUAGCUCGCUCCAGCGGAAGGUGGACAGCAGGAGUUCUUCAGCGACGAAACGCUCGAUGAGUGGUAAAGAUGGCGUCGAAUCGAAGAAAAGAACUGUCCUCUCCAAGUCCUCGAACGAUUCUCCAUUGACUAGACCUCUGAGCGCAGGAGCUAGCGAUCGAAUAAACCAUUCCUCUCAGCUGAAUAAACUGGUGACUGAUAUGGAGGAGAAACUAAACUCUAAGGAAGCAAUCUCGAGGAUUCACAAGUGUCCAGAUACUGUCGCGAAUCUCAAGAGCGAUGUUCAGAGUAAAUUCGCCCACAAGCACGCGUUUGGGUGGACUGGACGGUCGAGUCGGUACCUGAAGAGGUCGAACAGCAAGACGAGGUCUGAGUUAAAUGCUGAUAAGAAGAAGAAGAAGACGGUCGACGAUGGUCCUGGGGACGUUAUCGAGGAUAAGAAGCCUGGUAUGAACUUCGUGGAGAAGACUGCAGCGCGAUUGAAGCGCAAGUUGGAUGGAUCGAAGACAGACGAAUCUUCUCUGGCAUCCAGUCAGUGUUCCAGAAUGGCGAUGGAGAAGAAGGUUCGAUCUGAAGGUACCAGUUACUCCAAACUGCCUAUAAGGAUUGGGAAUCGGUUCAGAUCGAAGAAUCCAAUUGCGUCGAGGUUCAGAACCAACCUGAAGUCGCGUUUGUCUUCCAAGGAAACGAAUAAACCAGUGCUCGAGACGUCUGGGGACUCUAGUGUGCAGAGUUCUGUCAGGUCUAGGACGAAACCUAGGAUAAAACCGAGCGUGGAGCAUCACAUUGUUAUCGUGGACUCGGGUGUCAACCUGACGUCCACCGAGGACGUUCAGUUUGAGAUUAAAAAGUCGGUCGGUGAAAGUCAGAGGGGACAAUUGAAAUCGACCGAAGUUAAUGCCGACAAGUUGGUCGAUGGCGUUGCUGAUAUGAAGUGUUCCUCGAAGACGAGAUUGUCGAAGGAUGGAGCAUUGGGCGUCGAUACUGACGAGAGUGGACUAAACGGUUUCAAGGCCUUGAACGUGGAGCAGGACCAACGGAAAAGGGACCUCGCCAAUCGAUUUUGCGGAAGAGAUUCGAGCCAGAGAAAUAAUGCGAGGAAUGGUUUCAAGGAGAAGUAUUUCUUUGGGAAACCUGUGGCAAUUAAAUCACGUUUGUGAGCGGAAAUUACUUUGAAUUUUCGAUACUGAAUUCGAUGCAGAAUGUGUUUAUUGUAUCGAGCAGAAUUCUGAUUGUGUUAUUGAAUGACUUGCUUGAAAAUGUGUGAGAAAUUAACAAAACUUACAAUGCAGAUUCCUUAAUAAUAUUAUUAAAUUAUAAAAGUUUAUUUAGCGUGUAACAAGAGAUUCGCAUAGAAAAAGAGGUGGUUGUGUUUGAUUUCUGAUUUUUGUCCACCGACUGCGUGGAUGCGCAUGUGUGGAUACUCACAUAUGGACUAGGCGUGUAUAUCCGUGAACAUAAGGGGUCGAACCAUGGGUUAUCUCAAAAGAAGAUCCCGAAUGAUACCAAUUAUGUCAUCAACGCACCACGCAGUCCCUAGGUUCGCUGUCAGACCACGGAUUUCGCCCGCAUGUCAACCCCUGCCCAUGUCUCCACCCUCGUGUUCUUUGCAGCGUAAUAUGCCACAGUUUCUGUGGGGUUCCCCGCAAUCUCAGAAUCAGAUGAAAAAUAUGUAAUUGUCCUCGCUUACCCCCACUAGUCGAGCGAAAACACGGGACAAUAGCGAUAAGUGACCACUCUAACCAUGGUCUGACAACGAUACGUUGAAUAAUUAGAAUCACGAAACACGAUGGCUGUAAAAUUCACGAAAAUUUCUAUAGGGUUAAAUACUUGUCCUAGUAUUUAAUUUUCGAGCUUG